UAGCUGGUAUUAGGAGAAUAGCCUAGGGCCGCUUGCUGUACAGUAAGGGUGAAAUUUGGUGAGCGAAAGUGACCCUGGUGGGGGCGUCGCGGCCACUACAAAACCGGUGCGUGUCAACAGGUCAGCAUCAGUCGCUCAAGCUUCCCCUGAACAGCCAAACAAUCCACCAACAUGCUCGCAGCCAGGACCUUCUUGCUGGCAGCUAUGGUGUGCGUGGCCAGGGGUGAGGCCCCGUCCACGGCGUACCAAGUGCCUACGAAUUCCUACCAGGUUCCCGCUCAAGCCCAAGCCCAGGCUCAGGCUAGUGCCCAGGCCCAGGACCAACUUUAUACCAUCUACGAGGUGCCGCAGCAGACCUACGAGGCUCCCGCCCAGUCUCAAGCUUCCGUAGCCCAAACCUACGAGGCUCCCGCCCAAAACUACGCAGCCCCCGCCCAAUCUCAGGCCAGCGCUCACACCUACGCUGCACCCGCUCAAGCCUAUGAAGCUCCCGCUCAGACAUACUCAGCUCCCGCUCAGACAUACUCUGCUCCAGCUCAGACAUACUCUGCUCCCGCUCAGACCUACUCUGCUCCCGCCCAGACUUACUCUGCCCCCGCGCCAACUUACGAAGCCCCUGCCCAGACAUACGAAGCUCCCGCCCAAACCUAUGGUGCCCCCGCCCAGACAUACGAAGCUCCCGCCCAAACCUACGGUGCCCCCGCUCAGACAUACGAAGCUCCCGCCUCAACCUACGCUCCCGCACAGCCAACCUACGCUCCCGCUGAGGAGUACGGCACUCCCGCUGAGACUUACGAAGCUCCUGCUGAGUCGUACGGUCCUCCUGCCGAAACAUAUGAAGCUCCUGCCGCCACCUACGCUCCCGCUCAGGAAUACGGCGUUCCCGCCUACGAGCAUGUUGAGGUGAAACAUAAGAUCGUCCCCGUCUACCACAAGGUGGCCGUGCCUGUCAAGAAACCCGUUCCGGUGCCCGUUCUCAUCCCCAAGUUCCCCAAGAAGAUCCUCAAGAAGUUCCCCAAGAAGAAGCUGAUCAAGAAACUCAUUGUUAAGAAGCUGGUGAAGAAGGCUCUGGUCGCCAAGGCUGCAGGCGUCGCCGGCGCCGGUAUCGUCGGCGCUGGUCUCCUUGGUGCUGCUGUUCUCGGCUAAACGACUGUAUUCCAUUAAUUAGAUUUAGAAUUUAGAGCAACAAUUUUUUAUUGUUGUUGAAAUUUACAAAAACCCAAAAACCACUGUCAUGAUAAACAAUAAAUUUUGUAUAUAAAACU